CAGUUGUUUCUAAAAUACCAUAAAUUAAAUAAUAUUAAAAUUCUCAUAUUUAUAGGCUAUUACUUUGUAAAAUAGGAUGAUGACAUUAAAAGUAAAGCCCUGACAGUAAUAAUUUACUUCAUUAACUUAUUACGCUAAAUUUGCAUCACUUGGUCGCUCCUGUUUAGUAUUGGUCACUUACAAAAAAGAAAGCUGCUUACCUCUAAAUAUAUGCAACAGACUUUUUUUGAGAAAUUAAAGAAAAGCAAAUCUGUGUAUUAUCUGUUCCGCUGCACAAACGCUACCACUGUUAAUGAUUGACAGUUAGAAGCCUAAUAAUUGACCUUUAUCUUCCUAAUGAACGGAGAUUAAUUAUAACCUCAAGGUCUUGUCUGGGAACACACUGACAGUGCUGAGUGCAUUACCUGACUUCCCAUGAGAAAAACUACACGCAAAUAACCAUUUAAAACAGCGAUUCUCAGGUGUGAAUGUCAUGACUGUUGGAUAAUAUUGGCAUGUUUCUCGCUUUUGAAUCUUUACUCGACCUUUGACACAGUAAAUUAUAUAUAUUUUUUAAAUUGUUGUUGUUGUUGCAUGUGCACUGCGCUAUUUUCAGUGUUGGCACGCUAACGUCUCGUGCAAAAUGAACCGUUUCGACAGCAGGAACUGGAAAAACAAGCAACAAAUAACCGGCAGAUAAUGACGGAACUGCAGCAUGUUGCGUUGCGUUUAUCCUGCUUGUUGAUUCAUUUGUUCAUUAGUAUAUGUUUGCACCUGAUAAGGAAUGGGGGUGAGUGGGUGGUCGUGCAAACACUCCGCAUUACUAGUGUGAGAAAAGCGAGGCGGCAUCGCACCUGCGAGCGCGCCAGGUGCAAAAGGUCAACCUGUCCGUCAUCGUCCCUUUCUUUGUCAAGGUUAGCGCCAUUAGCAGUGUAUUUGAACCCAAGUAUUUAUUCCGCAAUCAGGAGAAACCUGUCAAAUAAUUUCGAGAGGAGUGAAAUUGUUGUUUAAUUCCUCUUCUACCAUUAAAAUAAGUCAUGAAGUCCUCUUCAAUGCUCCCAAGAAGCUAAUCAGUGAAAUUAAAUGAAUUACAAUCUGAACGUGGCAUAUGACAAGCACAUGUAUGACAGAUAGGCUGCACGAUUUAAAUUUUGAAAUAUUAUUUUUUUUAUUUUAUUUUUUUUAGCCUACAUGCCAUUUGACAUUCAUUGUUUCUAUUUUUCAAUUAAACAUUUUUGGUCCUAUUCUAUUUUAUUCCUUAAAUCGACAUGUUUUGUUCAGAUUGUACUACUAUUGUGAUAUAGGCUGGCUAUUUGAAAAAUCUUUAUCAUUGUAGGUAGACUAAUUUAAUUAAUAUCAGGACUGGUAUUAAUGAUAUUCAAAUAACUUGAACCAAAUAGGCUAUAUAAAAUGUUCGAACAAUUAUUUCCACCACUUCGAAUUUAAUAUUGAGGAAAAUCAAGUUUAAUAAAGUUAAAUAGAUGGAAACAAAAAUAUUGUCAAAACUUAGUGUAAAGUCCCUCAGUGAAAUAAAAAACAUUAAUAGCAUAAUAGCUACACAUAGCCUAGAUCACCAGUCGAAAUUAUAUGUAAUUAUUUAUUAUUUUAUGUAAUUAUUAUUAUUAAUGUAAAGUAGCCUUUUUUGUUGUUGUUGAUAUUUUAAAUAUGUCUAAAUGUGCCAAGUUUUUAUAAGUCUAUGUUUUCUUUUAUUUUUUCCGUAUCUAUAGGCUAUAACACAUUGUCUAAUCGUUUUAUCCUUUUAUCAAUAUUGUCAAUUACUACAUUUUGCAAACUUUUCGAUGGAUCAAAAUCAUUUUUUAAAGGAUCAGUUGCGGUGAAAAAAAAUGUUUGUGUGGCCAAUUUAUAAUUUCGACCUAUAAGUCUUAAGAGAUGUGAAAUGUAUUGCUUGACGUUAAAAUAAAUGCGUGUGUAAUGAAUUAAUUAGAAAGCAUUGGUUUCUCAACUCUAAAGGCAUCGAAGUGAACCAAUCAGAGAGUGUUUAGGAGGAGCGUGCUGGAGCGCGAGACAGUCAAAAACUGAUGUCUGCACGCGCUCCGGGCAUAACGUUGCGUCACGGGUAUAGAGAUGAAAACACGCAGUUAUAGAGUAUCAAAAUAUCCACAACUGUCUUAAAGAAUUAGACAAUAUCACACACGGUCAGGCAAAUAGUUUGGCAUAAGCAAAAGUUAAUUAUAAUUUUAGACUAGUGUAAGAGGGAGGGAAAGAAAAACACGCUUUAACUUAUACUAUUUAGCUCGUAACAUACUUGAGACCUAAAGUUUUUCUCAAUGGAUAAGUCGAGGAACUUUCGAAUAGACGCUCUGCUGUCAGAGAGCUCUCAGCGGAUGGUUCGCGAGGAUUCGCCGGGACUGUGCACCGACGGCACCGUCAUCGAGCCUGCAACCUGCAAACGGACAGAAAACUCUCCUCCUCCUCGCGCUUUUCAGCUCCAGACAGGGGUCAUACCCAAACCAGGCAUGCUGAACAUUUCUCACCCAGGAUUAACGUCACUUUCCCAAGGGUCUAUGCCAGGAAUGUAUCCCUCACCUAUGUACUCCAUCACGGCACUUGGAGCGCAGCAUCCCACCUUCGCGUAUUCCGGUUUCGCGCAGCCGUACCCUGAGCACCUAAAAGCGGCGGCCAUGGCCGGUUCAUUUCCGUUGGAGCACUGGCUCCGUGCUGGACUCAUAAUGCCUCGCCUCGCAGACUACAGUGGGGCACCUCAGUCUGGUUUAAUCGGAAAGUGCCGGAGACCACGCACAGCUUUCACCAGCCAGCAACUGUUAGAGCUGGAAAAUCAGUUCAAACUCAACAAGUACCUAUCACGACCCAAACGCUUUGAAGUGGCCACUUCUCUCAUGCUGACUGAGACACAGGUGAAGAUUUGGUUCCAGAACCGACGGAUGAAGUGGAAGCGCAGCCGUAAAGCUAAAGAGCAGGCAGCGCAGCUGGAAACAGACGGCUGUAAGUCAGGCAAGAGAGAAACCAAGCCCAAAGACCUCAGUCGCUGCAGUGCACACGAUGACGAUGAGGAUCUGGACGCAGAGGAGGAAGAUGAAGAAGAAGAAGAAGAGUUCAGAAAAUCGAUUAACGCAGGUGUGGGUCUGCCUCACCCCUCGGACUUCCUGCAGCACAGCUCCGCGCUGAGCUACAGCUCUCAUGGCUCUUACUCUGAUGACGACCUAGAAGAGAUCGGAGGAGACCGAAAGAUCAGGCUCGGGUUAUGAAGAACUAGCUGCAGUCUGCAUAUCCAUGAACUGGACAGGUUUAAAGACUGAAGACUGAAAGCUGUUGAUGUCAAAACUAUCCCUUAGACCCAACGGGUUCAUCGUCCAUGACGUUUGUAGUCAAAAAAGUCUUAAUUCAUGAAAAUGGUCUUCCAGUUUAUUUGCACUUAAUAUUUUUCUUGAAGGCUGCUUGUAAACUGCAAAUGUAUACUAUUUCAAACUAACGUUUUUCUUAUGUGAUCAAAAUCUUUACUUUAUAUGCUAACAUGAACAUUUUGAUUGGAAAAAAAAAAAGCUGUUGAACCAAAUGAGGAAGCCUUGCACUGAACGUCACAGGCUGACACUUGUGCUCAUUGGUCUCUUGAACACAUUUCAUUUAAUAGUAUGUAGUCAAGAGUGGAUGCUGAACAACAGAUGAUUGUCCAGAGGUCAUCAAUGUCAGCUUUCUUCCAGUAACCAUUGGAACACUGUAAAUCCUCUGCAAAUAUUGAACAAGGGCAAACUGUGAACGGUGCAUAUAGUUAGUCCAUUAGUUUAUGUCAUGUUGUUGAUGUUGGUGUCUUUAAUGUUAUUUAACUGUUAUAGAUUAUAUCUAAUUUAUUCAGCUGAUAUCAGGACUCAGUUUGAAGGAUGUGUGACCUUCAAAGAUUGCUGGUAAAAUAUGUACUUGGAGACAAAAGGGAAAUAAACAAAAUCG